AUAAACGUAAAAACCGUAGAAAUGACAAAUCAACCCAACCUAAACAUGGCGUCCGAAGGGGAUGAAAUCACCGAUCAAGAAAAAGUCCGAAUAGUUUCAGAUUUCAUUCUUCAUUCACCUCCUGGAGAAUUCAAUGAAGUGUUUAAUGACGUGCGGAAACUGCUGGAUAAUGAUGAUUUACUCAAAGAAGGUGCAAGUGGGGCAUUUGCCCAGUACAACAAGGAUCAACUAACUCCUGUUCGAAUUGAUAAUUCGGAAAGUUUGGUGCUCAUUACUGAAUACAACGACUUAGGAAACAAUAGGUUUUUCGAUCCCCGUUCUAAACAAUCCUUUAAGUAUGACCAUUUACGCAAAGAAGCCUCAGAGUACCAACCCUACACACCCGAUGCAGCAACUGAACCUUGGAGAGCUGCAUUGGAUGCAGAAUUUAUUGAGUACACUAAAAAUCACUACAAAGAUGGUGUAUGCAGUGUUAUAGCUCGAAAUCAAAAUGGAAAUAUUGUUUUAACUGCCUGUAUUGAGGACCAUCAGUUCCAACCUAAAAACUAUUGGAAUGGACGGUGGCGUUCAGAAUGGAAUGUUGUCCUCGAUGGUAAUUCUGCAGACAUUCAGGGUGUCCUCAGAGUCCAAGUACAUUAUUAUGAAGAGGGAAAUGUUCAACUUGUCAGUUCGAAAGAGAUUAAAGAAACUGUUUCUGUAUCUAAUGAAGUACAAACAGCUAAAGACAUAGUUCAGAUUAUUGAAAAUGCAGAGAACCUAUAUCAAACAGCUAUAUCAGAGAAUUAUCAGACCAUGUCAGACACUACCUUUAAAGCUUUGAGGAGACUCCUACCAGUUACCCGCACAAAAAUAGAUUGGAAUAAAAUAGUAUCUUAUAGCAUUGGCAAAGAGUUGAAAACGCAAUGACUGUUAUAUUCUUGGAAAAAAUCUUUUUUUGUUAUGGCUUAGGAGUGUUCUGUAAAUAAGAGGUCAGACUUGUUGAGUUUCUUUACAACGGGGGAUAGAACAAGCUUGUCAUGAAUAGAUAAUUCUUGCUUUUCUUUAAGUAAAUUGAAACUUUCAUUUCCAUCAUUUUACGUAAGUUGAUUAAAAAAUGUUCUUGAAGAGAUUGUUAUUGUGAAAAAUGAAACAUAAAUGUUAAAUCAAUGUCUACCCCUGUAGGUAAUGUGCAAUAAGGCACAUAAUAACUGCGUACUAUUUUAUCUGCUUUUGUAAUAUUUUAUACAUUAUUAUUUCCCCAUUUCUGAACUUUUUCGAUUUUGUAUCAUUUUAUACAUUACCCACUAUUUUGUAUGAAUUUUCAUAGGCCAGACUUAUUUUCGCCCUUAGUUUGUUGCUCUUGAAAAUUAAAUAAUUUAUAUCUUGUUAGAAUUGACCAUUGUAUGGGUUAUUUUUAAAUAAGAAUAAAAGAUAAUAUAAUUUUUAUUUUA